GUGUGUUGUGAUCAGCUUAUACAAUAUGAAGGUGUACCUGGUGUACCUGGCGCUCUGCUCCCUGUCACAAGCUGUGUACAUCAAACGUAUGGCCACGAUGAACAGGAUGCGAGUGCCAACAGCCUUCCGACCCGGAGUCAACCUGCAGAGACCUUGGGUACAUAACAGACUCGUACAAGCCGCCUCGAGUCGAGCCCCUUAUGUGCUGUACAGGAAAUCUCCACAGAGAUACGCUGUAAAGCACUUCGCUCCAUCAUCAACUCGCAACAUAUUCGCGGGUGGUCCUUGGAAGACCACAGUCCGGCUGCCUAUGUCGCCAGUCACUCCAGAGUACGAGUUCGUGAAGGCGGCCUCCGCCGCGCCCGUGGUGCACACUGACGCACCCAACCUCAGCCUGUCAGAGAAGCCGAUUGUGGUUAUAGAGUCAUCAGACAGUCCUGUUUCGGAGCUGCCAAGACCAUCGUACGAAGUCACAGAAAAAUAUCCAGAGAAUGAAUACAGUGUGGCCAAAAUAGAAUCACCCGUAGGAUUUUCCAAAUCUACAUCCUUCACAACGCCAGAACUGCAGACAUUGAUAAGAAACGGCGCGGCAUUACAACUAGCGUCCGAAUAUUCUUUGCCAGCCAUUAGCCUGAAUCAACAUCAACCUCUACACCAUCAGUAUCACCAAUUGCAGGGGUUACAGAACUCACUGCCUACGCCACAAGAUGUGAUAAAUACCGGAGCGGAUGGUUUGUUUAUACCACCACAAGCCUUGUACCAAAAUGAUCCUAUGUUCUUGCAAAAACUUCAAAGUCAACUGCUCCAGCGUUUCCCGUCAGUGGAAUUUAUCCCUUACGCCGCUGAAGCACCAAAACAAGCUCUGCAACCAGAAGCUUCUCAGAUUCACACUCAAGUGGUGCAUCCUCAAAUGAUUCAACCCCAACUGGUUCACACACAAAUAAUUCAUCCACAAGAACUGCAUCCCCAAAUGAUUCUCCUGAAAAAUGAACAACUCGACAAACCAUUACCACAACACAGUGAACCGAAGACCGUGGUACAGAGAGAGACGCAGGAAAAUACAGUUGUUACAUUUGUACCACAGCCGUUUUCUGUAGCUAAUACAACAGAAAAACAAACGGAGAAUACCCCGCCCCCUCAGCCAGAGAAUAUCACAUUGGAACUUGUAGCAUCAGAAACACAACCCCCAACGACCACAGUAAAAUACAUAAUUGAGUCUAACACUGAAGAACAAAACACAACUCCUAUUUACUACGCGCAAGUAGGACAAAGUGUCGGCAGUGUCAUAGCUAAUGGAUUUUACUCGGCCAUUAACGACGUGAGAGCUGCGGCAGCGCUGGCACAAGUUGACCAAUCGCCAGUGUACAAGCCUGCCGAGAAUGUCACUACUACAACCAUUGCCUCCGAUUUAAAAGCGUACUUUGUCAAAAACGAUGAGAAGUCAGACAAUAAAACACAGAGUGCUGAACUGAAACCAUUGUUGGGAGUUCCAUUUACGAAAUCAACAGAUUCUGUUAACGUAGCUUAUACAUUAGUGAGGGCGGAUGAUAAAGAUCCCAAAGUGAAUCAGGAAGGAGCUGUAUACGCAGGGCAAAUUGUAGAAGCUACAAUAACCGAAGACCAAGACUUCAACAAAGAAAAAGCUAGUUUGAUGUCACGAAGGGCACCGAUAAGGCUAUUUGCUGUAGACACAAAAAAUAUUGCCAGUUCAGCUAACACUUUACCACGAGUGUCUGUAGUCAAAGCAAAGAUUCCACCGAAGAGCAAGUUGACAUUUGAUGACAAAACCGGAGAGCCCAUUUUGCGAAUAUAUGCCAGUUAUGUUGACAAUCCUAAGCAGAAAGACGCAGUAGUAUCAAAAUUGACAAAUCUAAAGCAACCCAAAGACGCGGCGUCCAGGAAAGAAGUGGUGGAUAAUUGGAAGGCAGCGACCAUCAAGUCAGCCGAUAAUACGCAAGGAGUAGACAGUAAUCACGUAACACAGUUUGGACUUAAACUUAGAGAAAGAAAUGAUUACUACGAACCAUUUUUUGAAGACUACGAAGAAUUGUGAAUAGGGUAAAGACACGAACCAUACCUACACGUUACAAUGCUUCAGUGCUUAGUUGGGAGUGUCAUUACAUUUGGACUUCCCAUUGGAAGCAAAUUAUAUUUUUGAUAAAGUUCUGAUUAUUUUCUUUUUGAACGAACUUACGAAUCUCUUUACAUAUUUGAAAGAACUUGAA